AGAUUUGGAAGACACAGAGACAAGGAGGUUAAAGAGUGAAGACAUAAUGCAAAAGUUUGUGAUUUUGUGUCUUGUGGCUACUUUUGUGGGCAGUACUGUGGCCCAAUUCAAGAAUGGACGCAUACUAGAACCACCAAUUCCCGACAGAUGUUCCCAGAGAAUCAUCCACGAGAGAGCACCGGAUGGAAAAGGGUACUACUUCUCCUGGAAGGAUCCAGCUAAUCAGGGCAAGGAGAAGGAUUGGUUGGCUGUGAGGAAUUUCUGUCGUCAAAUGUGCAUGGACUCCGUAUCGCUGGAAACAAGUCCCGAAAACGAGUGGAUUAAGCAGAAAAUCGUUGAAGCAAAG